AUGUGCUCUAAUGCUCCAACAACUUCUUCUGCGGGUUCCAAAAAUUCAGAAACUUAUAGGUGAGUUUGAGGGUUAGGGGUUACUAAUGUUAGUUUUCAGAAAUACUGAAAUUUUGAAAUUGUGAAACUUUUUUUAAACCAUUUUCCUGAGAAUCCUGAGAAUGUUAAAAAUUUUGAGCCCGGAGCUCAAAAAUUUUGGACCAAAGAAACACAGGCAGUUAUAAAUUUUUGAAACAAGUUUUUUAAAUAAAAUUUUCCUGAAAAAAAUUGGUUCACGUGAAAUUUUAUUAAUUUUUUCAGAUUUUUUUCAUUAGAAAUUUCAAAAUUUAAUUUUUUCAGUCGUGAAGAGAUAGCCUAUCUCGAAUCAAUGGUUCGAGUGAUGAAAUGGGCCGAGCAAAGAAGUUUGGAGAUUCGAAAUCAAUUGGUUGGAACAAAUGAGAGCGGACCGGUUAUUUCUGAUACGCAGCAACAAGCAAACGAUAUUUUAACUCAAUUUUUCACCGCCGAUGCGAAUGGGAACAAUUUUCCACUCAACGAUUUUAUGCAUGUUUUCCAAUCGUCGCCAUUUCAAUUUUCCUAA